AUUGCUAGUGUCACGUGAUAUGAGACAGCUUCGAUCCUUUCCCCUAAUAAAAUCUACUGCUAAAAGCUGAAUAAUGGAAACUGAGACUAACUGUAUACCUUAUAAUGAUGACAGCAGUAUAUUGUGCAUGAAUGGACAAUCGAGGAGUGUGAAACAAGAGACAGAUUCAGACGGCUGUGAUAUCCCUCAGUAUGUUGUUGAGUUUGUCGAUAAAGAACUUGGUCAUGAUAUCAAGUCACUAAAAAAGCUGACGAAACUUAUUGCAGAUUUGGCAGAGGAUAAAAAACGACUGGAGGAGCAGGUUAUUGCAGUGUCAUCGGAGGUUCCAAAGAAAAUCAAAAAUGCUUUAAAGAAUGCCGAAGAUUCUAAGGCCUCUCUAAGUUUGCUGCUUGAGAAAGAGACUGACCUUUCAGAGGCUGUUAGUAGGCACUUGGUAAUGGCUCAACCAUGGAUGGAUGAGUUGAAUGUGUGGAUCGAUCAGAUUGAAGAAACUGAACGGCAUCUUUCUUAUCUGAAGUGGAUUUCGCAGACAGAGGAGCUGAGUGAUAACAUCCAGCAACACCUGAUGACUAGUAAUGUCUCUGAGGCAGCUAAUAGCCUGAUGUCGAUGGCUGAAUUGGAUAUAAAGCUUCAAGAAUCCUCCUGCACCCAUCUGCAAGACUUCAUGAGAGCGACUGUGAAGUUCUGGCACAAAAUUAUUAUAGAUAAGCUCACAAGUGAUUUUGAAGAUGUGCUCAAUCAGUUUCACUGGCCUGUUGUUGGACCACCACAUUCUCAGGUUUCUGUGUUGUCAUCACCACUUAAUACUGCUGAACUCUACAAUAGCUUGGAAUUGCUGUUCUCUCAGCUUCUGAAACUGCAGACCUCAUAUGAGCUCACUACAGAACAAAAGAAGUUACCAGAAAAGUAUCCUGUUCCUUUUUCUCCACCUUUAAUUCUUCCAAUACAGGUCAUGCUGAUUCCACUUCAGAAGAGGUUCCGUUAUCACUUCUCUGGAAACCGGCAAACAAAUGUUUUAAAUAAGCCUGAGUGGUUCUUGAGUCAGAUUCUUAUAUGGAUUGGAAACAAUGCCAGGUUCCUUGAUGAGCGAAUUCAGCCUAUUUUGGAUAAAGCCUUGUCUACAGUGGAUGCAAGGCUGGAAUUCUCUCGUGGUCUAGUGAUGUUGGUUUUGGAGAAGCUGGCUGUUGAUAUCCCUUGCCUUUUGUAUGAUGACAGCCUCUUUUGCCAUCUGGUGGAUGAAGUGCUGCUUUUUGAGAAAGAGUUGCAUAGUGUACAUGGAUAUCCUAGUAACUACCCCUGCAGCCUGCACAUGCUUUGUGAAGAGACGUGCUUCCAGAGGUGGAUAACAGUGGAGAAAAAAUUUGCCCUUGAGAAAAUGGAUUCUAUGCUUUCAUCAGAAGCUGCCUGGAUAUCCCAGUACAAGGAUAUUUCCGAUGUGGACGAAAUGAAAGCCCCAGACUGUGCAGAAACUUUCAUGACUUUGCUACUGGUUAUUACAGAUAGAUACAAGUCUAUUCCUUCAGCUUCACGAAAGUUGCAGUUUUUGGAUUUGCAGAAAGAGUUGAUUGAUGAUUUCAGGAUCAGGCUAACACAAGUUAUGAAGGAAGAGACUCGAACACCAUUAAGCUCCCGCUAUUGUGCUAUCCUUAAUGCUGUUAACUACAUAGCAGCAGUACUGGCAGACUGGGCAGAUAAUGUUUUCUUUCUUCAGCUGCAGCAGGCUGCUUUAGAAGCAUGUGCUGAUAGGGACUCCGUUAAUGACCUGAGGUUGGGCCACCUGGCUUCCAUGGAGAGCUCAGUCUUUGAUGACAUGAUUAAUUUGCUUGAAAGACUGCGACAAGAUAUGCUAACACGACAAGUCGACCAUGUCUUCAGGGAGCUGCAAGACAAAAUAAAGCCAUACAAGAAAGAAAGGUGGCUGUCCUUGCCUUCCCAGUUUGAGCAGGCAGUGAUGACCUUGUCUACUACAGCCUGUCCUUUCUUGCUGACAUUGAGAGAUCGUCUGUUGCUUCUAGAACAGCAGCUUUGCCACUCCUUGUUCACAUCUUUUUGGCAAAUGUUAACAGAGAAAAUUGACUUGCUUAUAUAUCAGGAUAUCAUUCUGGCAAAUCACUUCAAUGAAGGAGGUGCGACACAGCUGCAGUUUGAUAUGACUCGAAAUCUGUUCCCUCUCUUUUCACCUUAUUGUAAGAAGCCUGAAAAUUACUUCAAGCAUAUAAAGGAAGCAUGUAUCCUCCUGACACUGAAUGUGGGGUGUGCACUACUUCUAAAGGACUUUCUUCAGUCUUCUGCAGAACAUGGACUUGAAGAUGGUGACAUCCAGCAACCUUCUAUCACGGCAGCUUUGAAUGAAGUGGGAAUUUACAAAUUAGCACCACAAGAUGUGGAGAUUUUGUUGAAUCUACGAACAAACUGGCCAAAUACAGGCAAAUAAAAGAGAUCAAAUGUAAUGACUGUGUUGCUAAAAUUCAUAAUGUAUCAGCCUAAGAAUUUGCAUCUGUAGAGCUGAAAGUGUCUUGGAGUACGUAUCUGAAAAUUCUGCCCACAUCUGAUACAGUAUAAGAGUCAACACCUCCAGCUAGAAGUGUGGCCGAGAGUUUGAGAGGUUCCGGUUGCCAGAGUCUUCAAGAGAACAAAAAAUAGAUUUAAAAAGUGUCUGACUUUAAACAGAUUGUAUAAAUCUUCCCAUCUCUCUUGAUUUGGCUGACUUUUUAACUAAAGGCAUACAUCUUUUGUGGUUUCAUCAUUCCUUUGCAGAAAUGUCUGUAGAAGAAUGCAACAGGUUGAGCUGCUUAUUACUGAACAGAAAGUGCCUUGCAAACUAAAUUUGUGAGUGUCACUUCUCUUGUAUUAAUAUCAAGUUCUGAAAGACUUCCAGAAGCAUAUGUAAUUUUGUAUUGAUGCAGGGUACUUCAUGUAAGGUAAAAGGAAUCAUACCUUGCAAAGCCUUUUGAUUUCUUAAGAGACAGAAUGUUUACAGUGCACAGCUAUAAUGUUAGCAGGAUGUGAAUGCCUUCUAAGUUAUGCCUGCUUUUAUUUUCUUUUGUGAUGCUGACAGCAUUUGAGUUGUGUGUGCUUGAGGGAUGGAAAACUGCUGUAUGGACAAAAGGAAAUUCUAAACAGUUGAGCUCAUUUCCUGUGUUCUAACCACCAACUGUUUUUUUCUCUCUCAAUACACUGGGCUGUGUUACUGUGCUCUUAAUUGUUAGUAAGCUAAGAAAAUAGUGGUUUUGAAGUUUUUCUUUUUUUUUUAAUAGAUAUGAUUUGUUUUAAAACUGUGGUAUCUCUCUCUUUUUGUUUUAUUUAUUUUGCUAGGCCACAGGAUCAGCUCCUCUCCCCUUCAUGCAGUCAAUUGGAUCCAUCCAUUCCACAUUGGAGGCUGCUCAGUUGUUUGAGAGCAGGACGGUUUGCCAAUCAUGCAGACUGCCCUAUAUUUACCCACCCCAGAAGCUUUGUGAGCUCUGCAGUCGCUGCCUUUAGGAAGUGCAUGCACAACUUUCUGAACAAAGCAGCACACUGUAGUGCAAGCAUGCUAGACUUUACGCUAUACCUGCAAUACACCUGCAUUCCUGCAGGUAUUGCCAAUUUAGCUAGAGGAACUGCCUUCUUUUCACCCAAAUUGAUUAAGCCGAUGUCAGUCACUUUUUGCCAUCAUCCCCUGGCCAGUCCUUCCAGGGCAUUUUUGGGGCUUUAGCCCCACUACACCACACGACCAAAUAUACCUAAAAUAUUUUUCUGAAAAAAGUGUUUUGACAGUGUACUUGAGGAUCACUACAUAGAAUAUGACCUUUAAUUUCUGAAUCUCCUGUACAGCUGAUAAUGUGAGUAUGUCAGUAUGUUAAAGUUGUAAUUGUAUUUCUUUUAUUUAUAUGUUAUGACUGUUAUUUUAGGAGGGUAAGUCUUUUUACAAAAUUAGCAAGCAUAUGCAACAUGUUUAAGAUAACUGCACAAAAAAUGUGAAAGCUGUAGCAGUAAAUGUGCCGUUUUAUUAAAAAAAAGACAUGGUAUACACAAA